AUGAAGAAGCACCAGCUCAGGAAGAAGGUGUUGAAGGGGGUGCUGGCUCAGGCCGCGGACAAGGCGGACGACGGCGUCAACCCCAAGUGGCGCGUGCGUCUCAUGACCGAGGCCGACGUUGAUGAGGUACUGCGCAUCCAGCGUCUCUGCUACGAGCCCGAGUACCGCGAGCUGCCUGAGUCCUACACGGGCCGCAUCCGCCUCUACCCGCAGGGCAACGUAAUCGUCGAGGUGCCCGUCUCGGCCGCCACCGGCGACAACGACGACUCGAGCGACUGCGACUACGCCGGCGACAGCAGCGACGACUCCAGCGACAGCGAGAACGACAAUGACAACGACGUCAGCAACGACUGCGAUCACGACGACACUGAUGACGACGACAGCGACAACGAUCAGGCCGUGCCGAUGAUCAAGAACCAGGUCACGAGGUGCGAGGAGGACGUCCACUCGGUCAAGAAGCGUCGCGUGGGGGGCAAGCCCGCCGCCGUCACCACCAAGUGGCGCAUGGCCGGCUACAUCCAGGCCCAGCCGUACCUGCGCGAGGGCAUCAACGACGUCAACGAUCUCACCGACCUCGAGCGUUGGCUGGCCGACCACCCGACCAUGGAGCUCGACCCGCAGCGCGACGUCAUCUACGUGCACGAGAUCGCGAUGGACCCGGCCUUUAGGGGCCAGGGCCUCACGACGCCGCUCACCGACUAUGUGCAACAGCUGACCGCCGACGAGGGCUUCCCGAUGAUCACCCUCGUGAGCCUCGGCCCGGCCCUCGGCUUCUGGAAGCGCAACGGCUUCAUCAUGUGCCGCGAGCUCGACUAUGGCGGCCACAUCUGCUACUACAUGGAGAAGCCCCUCGCUCCCCAGCCGCUCGCCGACAGGUGA